UCGAACCAAAAGCGCCAAUCGAACCAAAAGCGAAGCUUUUCGUAGAAUCUAUCGUAGCUGCGGCGCUGCGUAUUUGCCAAUCUAUCCUACCAAAAUCAGCAGCAUUCAGCAGCAGGAACGGGAUCGGAGGGCGAGAAGCUAGGCAGGGAUCGACGAUGGAGCUCGUGGUGGGCGCUUCGGAGGCGACCAUGCGGUCCCUCCUGGGCAAGCUGGGCGGCCUCCUCUCCCAGGAGUACACCCUGAUCCGGGGCGUCGACGGCGACCUCCAGUACAUCAACGACGAGCUCGCCACCAUGCAGUCCUUCCUCCGCUCCGUCGGCGCGAGGCGCGGCCACGACGACCUCACCAAGGACUGGAUGAAGCAGAUCCGCGACCUCACCUACGACAUCGAGGACUGCAUCGACGACUCCGGCAACCGCCUCCACGGCCUGCCCGCCGGCAUGCCCUGCUACUUCCUCCUCAACAGCGUCUUCGAGGUCCUCACGUGGUGGCCCCGCCGAGACAUCGCCGCCAGGAUCGCCACCCUCAAGAUGCGGGCGCAGCAGAUCGGCGAGCGCCGCGGGAGGUACGGCGUCAACAACCCGGAGACCGGCGCCGAGCCCGCCGGCGCCGGCCCGCACACCAAGGCCGCCGUGUUCGAAGCCGCGGACAACCAGGACGGGCGCCUCCAGCUCGUCAGCAUGAAGGACCCCGUGGGGGUGGACCAGCACAUGAAGGAGCUCACCAGGCGGGUCACCUGCAUCGUCGGGUUUGGAGGGGUGGGGAAGACCGCCAUAGCCACCGCGCUGUACAGGUCGUUCAAGGAGAAGUUCGCCCACAGCGCGGUGGUCACGGUGUCCCAGAGCUCCGACGUGGAGGCCAUUCUCAGGGGCAUCAAAGCCCAAGUCAAGCCCAAGGCCAGCAACCAGCAGCAGCAGCAUGGCGGCUCGGAGAGCGUCACGGGCGCCGUGAAAGGCGUGGGAGAUCACCUCACCACGGCCAUGUCGGCCGUAGUGGCCAAGUGCUACAGCGCUGGCACCUCAAGGGGAAAGCAUGAAGGCACCAAGCAACAACUCCAUGAAGAUCUCAAGGUGCUUUUGGAGAAAAAGAGAUACUUGGUCUUAAUUGAUGAUGUGUGGUCUGCAAACAUGCUGGAAAACAUAAUAAAUGCACUUCCUGUUAAUGAAGAUAGCAGAAUAAUAGUUACGACGCGGUUCCAUUCCGUUGCUACGACGCGAAGAGAAGGCGACAUUCGAAGAGUCACAGGUCUUGAUGACAAGCAGUCCAAGACUUUGUUUGAGCAGGCCUUCGCUGAAUCCAAAGGAAGCAAAGAUGUUACCAUUACAUGGUCUGAAGCCUCUGCUACAACAGCCAAGACAGAAGAAGGUGACGGAGCUGCGCAUUCACCUAAUAAGCAAGCCAACAAUUCUGUAAACGAAGGAAGCAAAUUUGCCACUGUUCCGAAUGAAGUCUGGAGGAUGUGUGGGGGCCUGCCACUGGCCAUAGUUACCAUGGCUGGUCAUGUGGCCUGCAACCCACACAAAUCAGUGAAGGGUUGGUCAGACCUCUGCAGUUACCUAUUCCCUGAGUCAGGGCAAGAUCACAGGAAAGAACUCACCCAGGAGGAGGUGGGUAGGAUCAUUAGCUAUUGCUAUAACGAUAUGCCCGCUGAGAUCAAGACUUGCUCGCUGUACUUGAGCAUAUUUCCCAAGGGUCACAGAAUCAGCAGGAAGCGUCUGACAAGGCGAUGGAUAGCCGAAGGCUUCGUCUGCGAGAAGCAUGGGCUGAGCGUGGAAGAAGUUGCAGAGACGUAUUUCAAUCAUCUCAUAAGAAGGAAGAUCAUCCGACCGGUGGAGCACAGCAGCAAUGGGAAGGUGAAGAAGUGCAUAGUCCAUGACAUGGUUCUUGAGCACAUUGUGGCCAAGGCGAGCGAAGAGAACUUCAUCACCGUGGUUGGUGGCAACUGGCUGAUGCAGCCACCUAGCAGCAAGGUCCGCCGGCUGUCUCUCCAAGGCAGUGAUUCCAAGCGUGCAAAGGAUACGGAGAAGAUGAACCUGUCGCAUGUUCGGUCGGUGACCAUGUUUGGAAGCUUGAACAACCAGCUGCCUGCCCAUUUGUUCAAGUACGGGAUCGUGCAGGUCCUGGAUCUUGAAGGCUGCACCGGUUUCAAAAGCCACCACAUCGUGGAGAUAUGCAGAAUGGUUCUGCUCAAGUAUCUCAGCCUGCGGAGAACAGACACCAAAUGCCUUCCGAAUAAGAUCAAAAGGCUUAAGAAUCUUGAGACUCUGGACAUAAGGGAGACAGAUAUUGUUGGGUUGCCUAAUCCCAUAUGCCAGCUCGAACGGCUGGUUAACAUACUUGGUGGUAAUAAAACAACACGGAAGGCACUGAAGCUUCCUGAAGAGUUGAAGAAGAGAAAGAAGAUGAAGGCUCUGCGCAUACUGUCGGGGAUUGAGAUUUCCGGGGGGUCAGUGGAUCUUCAUCAUUUGACUGAGCUUAGGAAGCUUGCAAUCUACAAGCUAAAAACCAUGGGGGGCACUGCAAGUUUCAAAGACUUGAUCUCCUCUAUUGAGUACCUCGGUGGCUACUCUCUGCACACCCUUGUCAUUGAUGAUGAGUCGUCUGAGUUUAUCAAAUCACUAGAUGAUCUGUCAUACCCUCCAAAGUUUCUUAUUGCCCUUGAGUUAUAUGGAAAGAUGGUUAAGCUCCCCAAUUGGAUGAAACAACUCAACGUUCUCAACAAGUUAACCCUCUCAGUAACAGCUCUCCGGACAGAUAACUUGAAGGACCUCAGUAAGCUAGAAGCAUUGUUUUCUCUCACCUUUUCUUUCCGGGCAAAAGAGCAGGAUCGACAGACACUGGCCAUGGUUGCAGAAAACAAGCUGUACUCUAACGGGAAGGUCACAGUUCCGGAGGGAGGAUUUAAGUCGCUCAAGCUGAUGUGCCUCUCUGGUUUUCUCUUGCCAUUACUGAGCUUUUCAAGGGAGGCCAUGCCUGAGCUGGAAAGGCUUGAGCUACGUUACAACAUGCUGGAGGGCCUCUCUGGAGUAGAAAACCUUGCGAAACUCAAGGAGGUGCAUUUUACAUCAGAUGCUAAAGCUGAUGAAGAUACCAUGACCAAAGAUAUAGUAGACGAGAUGGACACGGCACUGAGGAUUAAUAGGGAAAAGCCCAAGAUAAUCGUUCAUCAGUGACAGGUUGAGAUGAUCGAAGCCAAACUGUGCUGCUUUUGUGUAUGCCUAACUUUGGCAUCAUUGCAUUUUGGCUUAUGUUCACAUUUAUUUUUCUUGCUACUUCAGGAUGAUGCUUCACCUGGGCAGAUCCUAUGAGUGUUUAAUGUUUUAUCGGUUGUGUUUAAUUGUGUGAAAUAAGUUUGAUCAAUAGCAUGAACUUGUAAAUUUGAUGUAAGAGAAUGGAAAUGUAUUGUCUGUGUUUGCCUUUGGACACUAAUCAGAAGUUAGUUUUUCUA